AUGAUGUGGUAUUUGCAUUCAUUGCUAUUAUUUUACCUGGGAGUUUCAAUGGUCUUUGGUGAUUCAGGAGAAAAUUUUAAAAUGAGCAAUGAAAAUGAAACACUUGAAGAGUUGGCAAAAAAACUUUUGGGAAAAUUUGAGUCUAUGGAAUAUCCGGGAAUGGAAAAUAUUACGGAUCCAUUAACAAAAAUAGUGUAUGGACCAUUUUUUUAUGAAAUUAAUAAUGUUUCGCUACCUUUAAAUAUUACAUCUUUGACUGGUGGAGCUUUUAAUCCUCCAAGUAGCCAUGAGUCAGCACAGUAUUACUAUGAAAGCUUUGUUACUGAACCUUUUAUUCCUGAUCAAAGUGAUGCAGUCGCUUCAUUUGAAGCUAGAAAAGUUAUAAGAGGAGGAGUUGGAGCUCCAAAUGGAACAUAUGUUUUUUUUCAAGAAGAAAUUCAAUUACUUCCAAACUCAAGCUCUGGUGGAACUAAUGGUGGGAUUGGAGAAAAUAAUGGGGGAAAUAACAAUGGAAACACAAUACUGAAUAUUAAACUACCUGAAGGAAGCUUUGCAGUGAAUGGAACAAGACUUCCAGUAGGUACAACAAGUUUUGGCCCAGUAACAUUUCCAAAUGGAGCAAUUUUACCUCUGGGUGCCUUACUUCCAAAUGGAACUCUUUUACAAGCGGGAACAAAGUUAGGCCAAAUGACAACUCUUCCAGGAGGGACCUUAUUUCCAGGAGGUGCAACAUUUCUUGAAGAUUCCUCCUAUAAGCCAGUCUUAACACUGAAUAUGAAUUGCAACUUUAUUGGAUCUCAAACAUAUGGAUAUAGGUGCUCAAAUAAAGCGGAGUUAAAACCAGAAGCAUCUUGUUGUAUUACAAAUACAUUAUGUUAUUCAGUUUCAGGAUUUAGUAAUAUGACAUCAGUCUCAAUACCAGCUGGAGGAAUUCUUCCAUCUGGAUCAAAUCUCCCAAAUAACUCAUUAUUAUUGGGGCCUUUGACUAUUUCUACAAAUACAAUUUUUGGAGGAGGAGCCAUAUUGCCUAACGGAGAAAUAAUCUCCCCAAAUACUACUGUACCGUAUGGAACAAUACUACCGACUGGUACAUUUAUUGCUGAAACAAUUUAUUUGGAAACUGGCUGCGUUUUGAUGGGAGGAUUAAUAGCUUUUGGCUCAUCCCCAUUCAUGAUUAAUCUUCCAGCAGGAAGCAAGCUAGGUCUCGGAACUUCUCUUGGAGGAGGAGCAAUACUUAAGGGAAUCUCAUAUUUAACAGGUGGAGCAAUUUUCCCAAAUGGUACCAUACUUCAACCCGGAACCAUACUUCAACCUCCAGUACAUCCAGAUAAUGUCAUCACAGAAACUUCUCUAUUAUUUAAUUAUCAUUUGGGUAUUCAAGAUAAUCUAUCUUCUUGGGUACUACCUUCUGGGACUUUACUUCCAGGAGGAUUUUCUAAUAGAGUUGCAUUGGCAACUUUACAGGGAGGUUUUUAUCAAUUCAAUGCACCUUUUGGUUAUAAAGAUGCAGUUUAUAUGUCUUCUGCUAAUGAUCAACUGGGAAAAAAUGGAGGUGUCUCUUCUGUUUCAAACAUAUUCAAUGAUUUUUCUACUAAUAGCAACAAUUUACACCCAUACUUUGAUGAUAAUACUGACUUAUAUGCGACUACAGCAUCAUACUCAAAUUCUAAUUUUGGGUCUCAAACGGGUUCUUCAAAUCUCAUUGGAUUUAGAGUCUUAAAUUACCAGAUCCCAUCCUCAAGCAAUUACAUGGAGUUACCACAACAAAUUCUUUUAAUAGAUAGUGCAUAUUUCCCAAAUGGUUUUAGUUCAAACGGUCCAGUUCUUUUCUCCAAUGGUACUGUACUUUCAAGUCCUGUUAUUAUUAAGUCAAGUGUAACACUUCCACCUGGUACAUUUAUUUUUGGAGCUUUAUUAACUCCAAAUAUGCAACUUAAAGGACCAUCUCUAGUUUUAGGUACUGCUGUAAUACCCCCAUCUGUCAGAUUAAGCUCUUCAACUUCAUUGCCCUCAAAAACUAUUCUACCUGGAGGAGCAUUUCUUCCUCUAGGAGGAGUUUUAACUGGAGAUAUAAUUUAUCCAUCAGGGAAAACUAUUCAAUCUGGAACUUCUCUAUCUUCUAACUCAUACAUUAAACCAAAUGCUUUACUUACUAAUGGAUUAAUAUUACCAGGAGGUGGAAUUUUCCCUGGUGGAAUUCUUAUUCCAAAUGGACAAUUUAUACAACCAAUGUCGGUACCACCUGGUACAAUGUUUCCACCUACAUCAACUUUACUUGGUACAAUUAAUAUGAUAAAAGGAGGAGCUUUAUUGCCUGGUGGAGCUGUUUUUUCUGGAAAUAGCACUGUUCCUUCUGGCUCUCAGUUGUUAAUUGGAGCUAUUUUAUCACAAGGUACUAUAUUACCGGGAGGUAUAAUAUUUCAAUCCGAAACAAUUAUUAGUGGAGGGAUUCAAAUUUCUCCACUCAAUUCUCUAUCAGACUUGGAUAUUAACCAGGACGAUUUUAACCAAGACAACUAUCCUCCAUUCUUCCCUCCACAAGAUUCAAAUAACCCAGAUAGUAAUCCAAGCAAUAAUACUUAUAUAACAGCUCAAGUUAAUAUCACUAAUUUCUACUAUAAGGAUCAAUCUCAAGACUCUUUUUCUUUCUUCAAAAACUUAUUUUCAUCCAGUCUCGCUCUUUCUAUGGGUUUUGAAACCAGUUCCAUUGUUAUCAGUUCCUUGUCUCCUGCAGAAAAUCCUUAUAACAUUUCAAAUUAUGAUGCAUCUAUGAUUGGUACUUCAUCUUUUUCCUCUUUAUCAAAUCCCAGUUCAUUUUCAUAUUUGGGAAAUUUCUAUGCAACGGAUCAAAAUGGAAUAUCUGUUACCUUUGAAAUACAUCCCAAACUUGAAAAUUCAUCCCUUGAAGACAUUAUUGAGGUUCUUUUGAAUAAUGUUAUUCAGAACCCCUCUAGUUCUUUCAAUCGUAUCUUUUCUUGGGUUGGAUUUAUGAUUCUUGCUGAUAAGUCUCCUAACUUCUGGACUAGACAUCUUAGAGGUGGAAACAGAAAGAUUAUUAAGAUUCCUUACUUAGCAAAUACCACUGAUAUCUCAACUAUAAAUAAUCCCUUUAGUGGAAACCAACUUCAAAAUGUGUUUGGUUCUAAUCAAAGUGGAUAUUAUAAUGAAUCAGUUAUCCUUAUUGAUCAUAUAGAUGCAGAGAAGAAUAUUGAAAAUGUGUCUUUAUGGGGUAAUUCAUUCCAAACCCAAGACCAAGACCAAAACCAAGACCGAAAUCACAAUUAG